CCAAUACCGCGUGCAGCGUGCUUUAUGUUCACGUCUUCCCCGCAACAACUCCUACAAUAGCAGUGUAGAGCUAGCAAAGCUGCCAGGAAUAGGCAUAGCUCUGCCGCUGAUACACGAGAUUUGCCACUCCAUGGCCACCGCUGGCAGCAGCAAGCCGUUCGGAUCCAUGUCGGCCAUCGUCGCAGACGCCGCGAGCGGGUACCACAUCCUCAAGAUCGAUGGCUACUCCGGCACUAAGGGGACGCCGACAGGAGAGUACAUCAAGUCCCGACCCUUCACUGUGGGCGGCCAUCGCUGGUGCAUCCAAUAUUAUCCCAACGGACAUACCUCGGAGUCUGCAGAUUGUGUAUCCCUUUUUCUUUCCCUUGAUGAUGAAAGUGUCACCAAGGCACUGAAGGUGCAACAUAGAUUCUGUUUCAUCGACGAUAUGGAGGAGGAAACUCCAUCGUUGACAUCAGAAUCCGUAAACUCCUUCGGGAGCCACAGUGGCUGGGGCAGGCCGUGGUUCAUCAAAAGGGAAGCUUUGGAGAAAUCGAAGCAUCUGAAGGACGAUUCUUUCUUCGUCCGCUGCGAUGUGGCCAUCAUCAAUGAGUUAUACACAGAGGAGAUGUCCGAGGCCCCUACCGCGACCUUCGUCUCCGUGCCCCCAUCGGACUUGCAUCAACAUCUUGGCGACCUCCUCCAGAGCGAGAAGGGCGCUGAUGUGGUGUUUGAGGUUGGCAGCGAGACAUUCAAGGCGCAUAGGUGCGUGCUUGCAGCCAGGUCACCAGUCUUCAGCGCAGAGCUCUUUGGCCUAAUGAAGGAGAGUGAUGCUGCAGGCAUCGUCCACGUAGACGACAUGGAGGCACAUGUUUUCAAGGCGUUGCUCUUCUUCGUUUACACUGACUCGUUGCCAGAGCUGAACGGAGAAGCGGAAGUUGCCAUGUCCCAACAUCUCCUUGUUGCUGCGGACAGGUAUAACCUUGAGAGGCUCAAGCUGAUUUGCGAACGCAAACUAUGCAAGUGCAUUGAGGCAAGCACUUUGGCAACUAUCUUGGCGUUAUCUGAGCAGCACUACUGCCAUGGACUGAAGAAGGCAUGCUUCAACUUCCUCAGCUCUCCUGUAAAUCUGAAGGCUGUCCUUGCAACCGACGCCUUCGAGUAUCUGAAUAAAAGCUGUCCUUCUGUUUUAAAGGAAUUGAUUGCCAAGCUUGCUAAGUAAAUUCACCGAUAGUACUUAUAUGUCUGAUCAAUUUCUGUUAGUUGUCACAGCAUUAUCAGGUUUUAUCUACUAUUCUGGUAGCAUGUUGAGACUGUAUGUGCUGUAAGUCCUAUGUAUCUUCAUAACUAAUUUUGCUUUACUGUCUUAUUAUCCUGUGCUAUUGCAGCUCUAUAGGCAUGUAUGUGAAAUAAAAUGUGAAAUGGAUAUCUAAAGCCCAAUAUACUGAAAAGAUAUAUUUGUUUGAAUGUUU